GUUGAAAAUUCACUUUUGCAGUACUGUGACAGCUCAAACAAAUAAAUUAUCAAUCAUUUUCGUGUCGUUUUUGUUCAGCAAUCCUAAAUCGGUAAAUGGCAUUUCGUGCUGCGUCGACAUAUGAAACACAGACGCGGACACACAGAAAUUCCUGCACUCGCAGGAAUGUCUUCGUGUACAAUAGACCAUAUAAACAAAGUUUUAAUAUACAUCGACGUUUAUAAGAUUUUGUAAAAGAUUAUGGAUAGUGGGGAGAGGCGGAGAUAAAGCUUUGACCAUAUCAAAUAUAGAAAUGUCAGUUCGGCAGAAUCAUUUAACGGAGUGCAACGGUUGCGUCGCAACGUCGAGGUCGAGAGCGUCGCGUGGAGUGUCCAAAGAACACUACGGCUACCACGUCGGAAUCGUGGAGUCACGUUGCAACACUAUCAAUAGCCAGGCGAGCGACAUCCACACCGAUAACAUCAGCGGAACGGUGCCGCUACGGUUCUGAUGAGAUCAUGUCCAUCGGCAACACCACCAAGAGACAGGACGAUGACAAGGAUAGUGCAGGACCCCCGCCUCCGGACGGAGGAUGGGGCUGGAUGGUGGUGUUCGGAUCUUUCAUGAUUCACGUCAUAGCUGAUGGGGUAACUUAUUCGUUUGGCAUUUAUUAUGACGAAUUUUUGUACUAUUUUAAUGAAGGAAAAGGAAAAACUGCCCUAAUUAUAUCCAUUCUGGUGGGAGUUACGUUAUGUUCAGGUCCAAUAUCAAGUUCCUUUGUAAAUCGAUGGGGAUGUCGAUUGGUCACAAUUAUAGGCGCCAUAUUGGCAACAAUAUGCAUGAUAAUAUCAGUUUGGGCACAAAAUGUAAUAACCCUAUGCAUUACGAUCGGUGUGGGAACAGGAUUGGGCUUCGGCCUGAUUUAUUUGCCAGCUAUAGUCAGUGUGACAACGUAUUUCGAGAAGAAAAGGUCACUAGCGACUGGAAUUGCGGUUUGUGGUUCUGGACUAGGAACCUUUUUGUUUGCACCGAUUCUGACCGCUCUUAUGGAGAAUUAUGGUUGGAGGGGAUCCCUGUUGAUUAUUUCUGGAUUGGUAUUGAAUUGCGUUAUCUUUGGAGCGUUCUUCCGACCUUUGGAAGAGGAAAAAGUAGUGGAAGAGACACCGACGAUAUUUUUGAAACCUUCGGAAGCUCGCUUGGACAUCCAUGUUUCGGAUCAUAAUCUGCAUCAGAUAGAUCUUAAAAUUAACGGCAAUGGAAAUCAAAUACACAGACCAAGGAGUAUGGGUCACUUUUCUAUACCACGAGCACCUAAAAUUGAAGAAAACGCCAACAUACCAAUAAUUAAAGGUGAAAAUGAUGCCGCCAGAUUAGCAUUAAGUCAACCGAUGUUAACGCAGUCAGAUGUUUACUACCAUCCGAAACAACAAUAUGGCAGUCAAGGAUUCCGAAGACAUGGUCCAAUAGACAGGAUUGAUGUAUUUUAUCAAGGAAGUUUGAUGAACAUACCAUCAUACAGAUCAAAGCUAGAUUUAAAACAUGGUGAAGAAGAUUUGUUAGGCAGGAGAUCAUCAACUUACAGUUACCGAAGACGCAUUGAACCUGUCGAGGAGACAACGACUACGUUAUGCGGUAUUGUUCCCUGUUCUCAGGAAACCAAAGAUACUUUAAAUGAUAUGCUAGACUUCUCUUUGUUCAAAGAUCCCAUAUUCAUUUUGUUCACAUUAAGUAACUUUUUAACCAGUAUCGGAUUUAAUAUACCCUAUGUGUAUAUGGUUUCUCGAUCUAAAGAUCUUGGUAUAUCAGAUGGGUCCAGUCUUAUCUCCAUUAUUGGAGCUGCUAACACUGUGGGUAGAAUUGUGUUAGGUUAUAUAUCAGAUAAACCAUGGGUUAAUAGAUUACAAAUCUACAAUUGGUGUCUUACUAUAUGCGGAGUUGCCACCGCACUUAGUGCCUUCUGUACAACUUACUACUCUUUGGCAGUUUACUGCUCCGUAUUCGGCUUCACAAUUGGGGCAUACGUAGGACUCACGUCAGUCAUCCUAGUUGACUUAUUAGGCCUCGAAAAGUUGACAAACGCAUUUGGACUUUUGUUGCUAUUCCAGGGUUUCGCAUCACUAGCCGGACCACCACUUGCAGGUGUGUUAUUCGAUAAUACCGGAUCGUACAAUCCUUGCUUCUAUUUGGGCGGGAUCGCGAUUGCAUUUAGUGGAAUCAUCUUGUUCCCCAUUCCGGUGAUCAGAAGAUGGAGGGAGAAGAAGUCCAAGAAACAGCAUGUUGUGGAUAUAUAGCAAUCACUGCUGCCCUCAACGGGAGACUUUAGAGACUAUAACACUGUUUAAAAUUUUGUUUGUUGGUUUAUCAUUUUCGGAACAUAUCUCGAUAAAGUGGAGGUCCUGGUUAGAAAAAAUUAGAAUGUGGUAAUAUUCGCACACCAUUAUUAUAUUAUAUACAUAUUAUUGAUGAUUCUAUAUUUCUUAUUCAAUUCUCAUAUUGGUUAUAUUCUCGAAAUACUUUCCGACCUGAUUAAAAUUAACAAUUUGUAAUAUUCUGCAUUUUAAUUUUUCCAACCUGUGGAAAAGAUAGUCGGGUAUUGCGCUGUUUACUACAUAUCAUUCAAGUCUGAGUUGUUUCGAUGGGCACAAAAUGGAUGAAACGAGAUGAUAUUAUGGCAUGUCCUGUGUAGACUGACAAAUGGAAGUGUUCCAUAACUAUAUUUAUGCCUCUGCAACGCAGAGAUGUUUUAGUUUAGUAAAUAUUUUUUGUAAAAUAACUUGUAUAUAUUGUACGUAUUGAUGAAUGGAUGUUAUGAGACAAUAACUUUUGCUAACAAUAAACCCACUUUUGAAUUUUAUUAAACGGAUUAGCAAAUGUUUUUAAUGUCUCUUGUAUGAUUAUUAUAAUUUUAACCCCUUUUGACUCAAGUUUCAUCAACCCAACUAAAAUGGUGAUAUAAGAGCAAUAGCAUUGACGAUAAAUACUCUAUAUUAAAUUGUUUUUAAUAUUAAUUAACGCUAUAUAUAUGAUAUAUACGAUAACAACAAAAAUAAAUUGUAAGAAAUAUAAUAAAUAUCGCCAUUUGAGUUAUUAAUUUCCAUAAUAUUGAUAUUACUAUAUAUUUAGAUUUAUUAUGACUGCCAAAAUAGCAUAGUUUAAAGAGUUGCUACUGAUUUCUUUAUUCUAGAGCAUCUGUGCAUGUUAUGUUUUAAGUCUUCCAAUUCCCUUGCACUAUAUUCAUCAAAGUUACUCCGUUAAAUGUUUAGGUCACAUACUUUGUAAAUAUUUUCUUCCAUUGUGAACAAAAGUCUUUAUAUUCUUGAUAAAAUCUAUUUACAGAAAAUUUAAGUGCAUUGCAAAUAUCGACGACUGAUUACAAAUAUGAAUGCUAAUAGAGAUAAACGUUAUUUAUAAUUAUUACGUCAUUUAUUUAUUUCUUUUUCACGGUUAAUCGAACUGAUCACAUGUUAGAAUUUAAAUGUACUUUAAAAAUAAAUUAUUAUAAUAUUA